AUGAAGCCACUCAAAGACCCUCUGUCCUGCCGCACCGCUCUGUGCUCUGCCCCUGUGUGUGUGUCCUGCCGCACCGCUCUGUGCUCUGCCCCUGUGUGUGUGUCCUGCCGCACCGCUCUGCCCUCUGCCCCUGUGUGUGUGUCCUGCCGCACCGCUCUGCCCUCUGCCCCUGUGUGUGUGUCCUGCCGCACCGCUCUGUGCUCUGCCCCUGUGUGUGUGUCCUGCCGCACCGCUCUGUGCUCUGCCCCUGUGUGUGUGUCCUGCCGCACCGCUCUGCCCUCUGCCCCUGUGUGUGUGUCCUGCCGCACCGCUCUGUGCUCUGCCCCUGUGUGUGUGUCCUGCCGCACCGCUCUGCCCUCUGCCCCUGUGUGUGUGUCCUGCCGCACCGCUCUGUGCUCUGCCCCUGUGUGUGUGUCCUGCCGCACCGCUCUGCCCUCUGCCCCUGUGUGUGUGUCCUGCCACACCGCUCUGUGCUCUGCCCCUGUGUGUGUGUCCUGCCGCACCGCUCUGUGCUCUGCCCCUGUGUGUGUGUCCUGCCGCACCGCUCUGUGCUCUGCCCCUGUGUGUGUGUCCUGCCGCACCGCUCUGCCCUCUGCCCCUGUGUGUGUGUCCUGCCGCACCGCUCUGCCCUCUGCCCCUGUGUGUGUGUCCUGCCGCACCGCUCUGUGCUCUGCCCCUGUGUGUGUGUCCUGCCGCACCGCUCUGUGCUCUGCCCCUGUGUGUGUGUCCUGCCGCACCGCUCUGCCCUCUGCCCCUGUGACUGACCAUUACCUGAGACACAGAUCAAAGGCUGUUUACCAGUCCCCGUGCUCCUCAGUCCCCGUGCUCCUCAGUCCCUGUGCUCCUGCAGUCCCCGUGCUCCUCAGUCCCUGUGCUCCUGCAGUCCCCGUGCUCCUCAGUCCCUGUGCUCCUGCAGUCCCCGUGCUCCUCAGUCCCCGUGCUCCUCAGUCCCUGUGCUCCUGCAGUCCCUGUGCUCCUCAGUCCCUGUGCUCCUGCAGUCCCCGUGCUCCUCAGUCCCUGUGCUCCUGCAGUCCCUGUGCUCCUCAGUCCCUGUGCUCCUCAGUCCCUGUGCUCCUCAGUCCCUGUGCUCCUGCAGUCCCCGUGCUCCUCAGUCCCUGUGCUCCUGCAGUCCCUGUGCUCCUGCAGUCCCCGUGCUCCUCAGUCCCUGUGCUCCUGCAGUCCCCGUGCUCCUCAGUCCCUGUGCUCCUGCAGUCCCUGUGCUCCUGCAGUCCCCGUGCUCCUCAGUCCCCGUGCUCCUCAGUCCCUGUGCUCCUCAGUCCCUGUGCUCCUGCAGUCCCCGUGCUCCUCAGUCCCUGUGCUCCUGCAGUCCCUGUGCUCCUCAGUCCCUGUGCUCCUCAGUCCCUGUGCUCCUGCAGUCCCUGUGCUCCUCAGUCCCUGUGCUCCUCAGUCCCUGUGCUCCUCAGUCCCUGUGCUCCUCAGUCCCUGUGCUCCUCAGUCCCUGUGCUCCUGCAGUCCCUGUGCUCCUCAGUCCCUGUGCUCCUGCAGUCCCCGUGCUCCUCAGUCCCUGUGCUCCUCAGUCCCUGUGCUCCUGCAGUCCCCGUGCUCCUCAGUCCCUGUGCUCCUCAGUCCCUGUGCUCCUCAGUCCCUGUGCUCCUCAGUCCCCGUGCUCCUCAGUCCCUGUGCUCCUCAGUCCCUGUGCUCCUGCAGUCCCCGUGCUCCUCAGUCCCUGUGCUCCUGCAGUCCCUGUGCUCCUCAGUCCCUGUGCUCCUCAGUCCCUGUGCUCCUCAGUCCCUGUGCUCCUCAGUCCCCGUGCUCCUCAGUCCCUGUGCUCCUCAGUCCCCGUGCUCCUCAGUCCCUGUGCUCCUGCAGUCCCUGUGCUCCUCAGUCCCUGUGCUCCUGCAGUCCCUGUGCUCCUGCAGUCCCCGUGCUCCUCAGUCCCUGUGCUCCUCAGUCCCUGUGCUCCUGCAGUCCCCGUGCUCCUCAGUCCCUGUGCUCCUGCAGUCCCUGUGCUCCUCAGUCCCUGUGCUCCUCAGUCCCUGUGCUCCUCAGUCCCUGUGCUCCUCAGUCCCUGUGCUCCUCAGUCCCUGUGCUCCUCAGUCCCUGUGCUCCUGCAGUCCCCGUGCUCCUCAGUCCCUGUGCUCCUCAGUCCCUGUGCUCUCACCGAUAGUGAUUUCGAAGCUGAUGGGUUUGUCUCCGAUCCUUCGGUCGAUCAUCGUGGCCUCGAGGAAAGAUCCAAACAGAAAGAACUCUUCUACUUUCCCCGUGGCGCUCUGCGGACGACAGGAAGCAUCAGACUGCCCUCUGCACCUGUAUCCUACACCUGUAUCCUACACCUGUAUCCUACGCCUGUAUCCUACACCUGUAUCCUACACCUGUAUCCUACACCUGUAUCCUACGCCUGUAUCCUACACCUGUAUCCUACACCUGUAUCCUACGCCUGUAUCCUACACCUGUAUCCUACACCUGUAUCCUACACCUGUAUCCUAG